AAAAACAUAAAUAGAAUUUGAAUAAUUAUUAAAUUCAUAUUGCUAGACAUUAAUUUAUGUGCUAGCGUCUAUUGGCUAAGUAAAUGUAGAACACUGCUGCAGGAAAGUAGCAAAACGGGUUCAUCAUUUGAAAUGGAUAUACUUGAUAUCGACGAAGUUCUCAAAGACGACUCCUUUAUAUUUCUUGAUGAUAAAUCUCAUGAUGAUGUUUCCAAUAUACUUCGACAGUGGAAAAAUAACAAUUGCAUACCAACGCAAUUGCAACAACAGCAACAGAACCAGGAACAAGUGUAUAAGCUGAACUCAAGAACAUUCACACGACCCAAGCGGAAAUCGGCACAAAAUCUCGAAUCACAAUUUUCAAACUCUCCUCUCACCAAUGGCUUGCAUAUGAAUCAGCACCAGUCCCAGCAUGGGUCACCCAUGUUGAAUUUGGAAAUUGGCGGAUUGGUAACGACAAUGCAUAAGUCGUUUUUGCAAGAUACCUCGCCUCCAUCAUCAAUUUGUUCCUCAAUGGAUGUAUCGGUAGAUCGUAUGAAUAAUUCACUAAUCACAUCGGCUGACUUUUCCAAUUUAAGUUUCCUACAAUCCACUCAAAGUUUAGAUUUAGAAGAUGUAAAUCGUUUCGCUUUUAAUUUCUCAAACAAAGCAACAAGUGACGGUUAUACCCUAAGUGAUAUGAUAAGGGAUCGCAAAGCGCUUGAAUCACUCACAAUGUCCAGCGAUGGCACUUUAAUAAAAGACUCACACAUUGCUCAAAUCGAUGACAUAUCGCUAACGUUCAGUAAAACUGCGUCUGGCAGCAGCACCAUGGACAAUUCAACUGAAAGUAUGGAUUGCAAUAAUCGAACAGUGCAAAUUUUCAACAAGGAUGACACAUUUAAUGGUGGAAAAGCGAAUUCAGAUAAUAAUAGCAAUGAAAAUAUAAUACAUCGGACUAUGUUACUGAACAAUGACCUUAUCAGUGAUACUACAUUUAAUUUAAUAGAGAACAGUUUGCAUGGUGAACAAAUAGCUGGACAAAACAGUGAUCCCAACGUUACUCACAAUUUAAACAAUGUAAAGCAGCAAAUAAAUGAAACAUUCAAAAAACCAACGACUUUGAAUGAAACAGUGUGUGUCAUCGGAAAUUCUAACACAACAUUUGAGUGUCAGCAAUCUAACUCCGACCCACUCUGUGAAACACCGGAAAGUGUCAGAAAGAGUGUAGGUACUAUGAAAAUUUACGAAUCUACUCCCCGCACUACUAACAUUCGUUACAAUCGGCACCAAUACACUCCAACUCUCCAAGAAAUGACAGAAGAUGUAAAUAUAUCACCGAUUAUUGCAACUCUUGAUCAACGUACCGCAAUCCGCGCUAUGAACGAAACUUUCGAAAGAGAACCUUUAGUCAGUAAAAUCAACUCAAAUACGUUUAAUGAUGUAUUGCCAAAACUAGAUAGUAUGGAGAUGAUAGAAAAUAUACAAAAUCCGAAUAUAACAUUUCAAAAAAGUUUUGAAACAGAUUUUAAAAGUGCGGCUGGGAAAGAAAUGAAAAACGUAAUGGAUUUGGCAAAGGCUGAGGCUGAAUUGUUAGCUGGAAAUGAUGAAGAAUUCGAACAUAAACUUGACGAAUUUAGCAAAAUAGAAAUGAAUAUGCAACAACUUAAAAUGAAGAAGUCGUUGGAAAGUAUUAAGAAACGUUUUAGCUGUGUAACUGCACCAGAUAAUAAAUGUGAAAAAGAAAUUAUUUAUGAAGAUAUGGAUAAAUCAGUACCCCCUGGAUAUGUUAUAAAUACGAAUAAAACAUUCGAAACGGAUAUUGAAAGUCCGGAAAAAUACAGAGAAUAUAAGGACACAACACAUGUAAUCAAUGAGUCAAACUCUCCAACUAAUAGUACAAAAUAUAUAAGGAACUCAAUGUUUGUGUCAAAGGAAUUACGUGACUCAUCUGGAAGUGGACUGACAUCUUCAACGGCAAGUGCCUCAAGUAACGCGGGUGAACGCUUGUUAAGUCGUCGAAGCCGACUUUAUGAUGAUUUCAACUUCUCUGUAUUAAACAGUUCGAAAACGCAAAGCACGUCUUUUGCAGUCCACAAGCCGGAGCCGGACAUUGACGCGGAGAAUCAUAAUGUAAUAGAGACUGAAUCAAGAACGAAUAUGGAAAAGAUGAUACAUGAAAAGACUGAGGAGAAUUUAAUUGCUGAACCCGAAAAAUACCAUAAUGCUCAAGACUUGAAUACUGCUACAUAUAAGUUAAGCGAAAAACGGAGCCGUGAUCGAGAUCGUUUUAAAACAAUAAAAAUUGUGAAAUCGCAUAAUGUAAAUAGUGAAAAUUAUGCUCCUGAAACUGAAUUGAAUGUGCCUUGUAUCGACGAUGAUAUCGAAACAAAAGAAGAUUUGGAAAUGGAAUUAACAGCAGAAACCCAAGAAAUCUCACAGAGAUUUUCCCGACGUGACAAUACCCAUUCUAAUAAUAACAACAAAAUAGAAACUGAAGAAGCAUCCAAAACUAAUUCGUCAAAAAUUAAUCCCAAAUUCCUAACAUAUAAAAAACCAAAAGAAAAAUCUACAACAACUACUGAACUGCCGGAAGUAUGCCCUACAAAUGAAGAUCAAAGUGCUUCUGCUGAUGUUCUUAAACCUGCGAAGUCACGUUUGGAACCAAGAUCACUGUCACGUCCACGUUAUAUUAGCGGUUUACAAAAGUUUAGUGUGGUUAGUAAAGCUACUUCUGCUGGCAAUUUGGAUAAUACAACCGGUGCUUCAGCAACAACUGCUCCACAGAAAUCUUUAGCUUAUAAUUCUAGAAAAAGUGCUUUAAUAAUCGGUGUUGGAGUGAAUCAACAAGUCAAAACUUCUUCUAACAUCAAAAGUCCUAUGGGCAUUAAAUCGAAAUCAUUUCAUAACUUAUCUAACAAUUUCGGAUAUACAAAUGCGGAAAAUGGAGCACAAACUUCAAAAACGACUUUUGGAUUGAAGAAAAAUGUCUUGACCGAAAAUCAAGUAAAAUCGAAUGGUAGGAAUUCAACAGCUUCUGCAAAUAAACUAACAGCUCAAGCUGCGUCUCUAAAAUCACAGAAAAAUGAUGAAUCAGUAUUCAAAGUUCCAAAACUCGUAUCCGGAAUACGAGUUCCAGGUGCUGCUGGAGCAAAACGUUCUACUAUGGUGCGACCUUCGUCUGGUUAUUAUAGUCUAAAUGUUACUACAAAACCCUUGGCACAACCAACAGACCUAGAUAUUGAUACGGGGAGACAUUCGCCUACAGAUUUAUUACUAAGAACCUACAACAACCCCAAUAGCUUAACAGCAGUUUUUUAUACAAACGACAACGAAUAA